AUGGAUCCAAAUCUAAAUACAGCAGCAACACCCAAGCCGAACGGGGCCUCUAAUCAGCCUACGCGGGGGACCCUAGCGGUUGGCCCAUAUGUUGAAAUAGUGGAGCAGCCAAAGGCCCGGGGAAUGAGAUUCCGUAAUGAGUGCGAAGGAAGAUCUGCAGGAAGCAUUCCGGGAGAAUCCAGCACCCCGGAACGAAAAACCUUUCCUGCAAUGAAGGUACACAACUACAGCGGCCCAGCAGAGAUUGUUGUCUCAUGUGUCACGAAAGACGACCCAUACAAGCCACACCCCCACAAUCUCGUGGGAAAAGACUGCAAGAAGGGGGUGUGCACGCUACGCAUACGCGACACCGCGACAGUCACAUUCCCACAUCUGGGAAUACAGUGUGCCAAAAAGAAAGAUGUGGAGGGGAAUUUGAAGCUGAGGCAGGAGAUAAAUGUGGACCCCUUUUAGAUGGGUUUCAAGCACAAGGGACAGAAUAUCGACCUGAACGUUGUGAGGCUGUGUUUCCAAGUGUUCUUGCCAGAUGAACAAGGGAAGAUAACCGGGAUUGUGAAGCCUGUUGUGUCCCAGGCUAUCCAUGAUAAAAAGGCGCUGAAUGACCUGGUGAUCUGCCAACCAACGUCUGGGAAAGCUAAGGGUGGGGAUGAGGUAGUUCUACUGUGUGAAAAGAUCAACCGAGAUGAUGUGCGGGUGAGAUUUUACCUAGAGCAGCAGGGGCAUGUUGUGUGGGAAGCCUUUGGUGAUUUUGGACAGAACGAAGUUCAUCGUCAGUUUGCGAUCAAGUUUAAGACGCCUCCAUUUAUGGACCAGAACAUACGGCAGCCAGUGGUUGUAGAAAUGCAGCUGCAGAGAAGCUCAGAUCUGGAAGGCUGUGACUCGAUAUGGUUCACAUACGAGCCCGAAGAUCCAGGUAAGAAUCUUGUGUUUUUUAAAGGUGGAUGUUCCAGUAUAACUGUGUUACUCACUUAA